AUGAGGACAGCCCAUCUGAAGACAGGAGUGGCCUGAAAGUGUCCCCCACCCCUGGCAAGAGGAAGAAGAGGCGGCACAGGACUGUUUUCACUGCCCACCAGCUGGAAGAGCUGGAGAAGGCCUUCAGUGAGGCCCACUACCCUGAUGUGUAUGCCCGGGAAAUGCUGGCCGUGAAAACUGAGCUCCCAGAAGACCGAAUACAGGUGUCUGGAGUCCCCUUUCUCUUUCCCAAAGACAUCGCAGAGAACAUGUUUUUCUCACAUAACACACAGCCAACUCUAAAAAACACGCAAACUGAGGCUCACUUAGCUGCAG